AUGGAGCAGAUGGGCAAGAUCUACUCGGUGUCGGGACCUGUCGUGGUCGCCGAGGAGCUGGAUGGCGUGGCCAUGUACGAGCUGGUCAAAGUAGGCCGGGCCCAACUGGUGGGUGAGGUUAUCCGCAUCAGCGGUGACCGGGCCACGAUCCAGGUGUACGAGGAGACGGCCGGUCUCCAGGUCGGCGAUCCGGUAGAGCGGACAGGCAAGCCGCUCUCGGUCGAGCUCGGCCCCGGACUGCUGAACAACAUCUACGACGGAAUCCAGCGGCCACUGGCGACGAUUGCGGAGAUGUCCAAGAGCAUCUAUAUCCCGCGCGGCGUGGCGGCCAAUGCGCUGGAUCGGCAGAAGAAGUGGGACUUCACCCCGACGGCCAAGGUGGGUGACCACAUUGCGGGCGGUGAUGUCUGGGGCACAGUCUACGAGAACUCGUUCAUCACGGUGCACAAGAUCCUGCUGCCGCCGCGGGCACGCGGCACGAUCAAGCGCAUCGCCGAGGCCGGCAGCUACACGGUCGACGAGAAGAUCCUCGACGUCGAGUUUGACGGCAAGACGACGUCGUACGGCAUGAUGCAGACGUGGCCGGUGCGUGCGCCGCGGCCGUCGACCGAGCGGCUGACCGCCAGCCAGCCGUUCCUCGUCGGGCAGCGCGUGCUAGACUCGCUCUUCCCCUGUGUGCAGGGCGGCACCGUGGCCAUUCCGGGUGCCUUUGGCUGCGGCAAGACGGUCAUCAGCCAGUCGGUGUCCAAGUUCUCCAACAGCGACGUGAUCGUCUACGUCGGAUGUGGAGAGCGAGGCAACGAGAUGGCCGAGGUGCUCAAGGACUUCCCCGAGCUCUCGAUCGAGAUUGACGGCCGCCGCGAGCCCAUCAUGAAGCGCACGACGCUCAUUGCCAACACUUCCAACAUGCCGGUGGCAGCGCGCGAGGCCAGUAUCUACACUGGCAUUACGGUGGCCGAGUACUUCCGGGACCAGGGCAUGAACGUGGCCAUGAUGGCGGACUCGUCGUCGCGCUGGGCCGAGGCGCUGCGUGAAAUCUCGGGUCGUCUGGGCGAGAUGCCGGCCGACCAGGGCUUUCCGGCGUACCUGGGCGCGAAGCUGGCGAGCUUCUACGAGCGCGCCGGACGGGUCCAGACGCUCGGCUCGCCGGAGCGGGAAGGCAGUGUCAGCAUCGUGGGUGCGGUCAGCCCGCCCGGUGGUGACUUUUCGGACCCGGUGACGUCGUCGACGCUGGGCAUCGUGCAGGUGUUCUGGGGUCUGGACAAGAAGCUGGCGCAGCGCAAGCAUUUCCCGUCGGUCAACACGUCGCUGUCGUACUCCAAGUACACGACCGUGCUGGACCGGUGGUACGAGAAAGAGCACCCCGACUUCCCACGGCUGCGCGACCGCAUCAAGCAGCUGCUGUCGGACUCGGAGGAGCUGGACCAGGUCGUGCAGCUGGUCGGCAAGUCGGCGCUGUCGGACCCCGACAAGAUCACGCUGGACCUGGCAACGCUGAUCAAGGAGGACUUCUUGCAGCAGAACGGCUACUCGGACUACGACCAGUUCUGCCCCAUCUGGAAGACCAACUGGAUGAUGCGCCUGAUGAUGGGCUAUCACGACGAGGCCCAAAAGGCCAUUUCCCAGGGCCUGCCGUGGACCAAGGUGCGCGACGCCACCCAGGAGCUGCAGGGACAGCUGCGCAGUCUCAAGUUCGAGGUGCCGUCCGAUGGCGAGGAAGUGAUUGUGAAGAAGUACGAGGCAAUCCAGGCGGCAAUGCUCGACAAGUUUGCGUCUGUUGUGGAUGAAUAA